AGGAGCAAUGAUGAGAAUGGGAACUGCUCCGGGGGCAGCAUGGAGUUUCCCACCACCAACCUGUACGAGCUGGAGAGCAGAGUCUUUACCGACCACUGGUCCAUACCAUACAAGAGAGAGGAGUCCCUGGGCAAGUGUCUCAUCGCGUCCACCUGCCUCGCUCGGCACGGUCUCGCCGACGCUGAUGAGAACUGCAAGCGGUUUAUGGAUCGUUGCAUGCCGGAGGCCUUUAAAAAGUUGCUGACCAGCAGUGCCGUACACAAAUGGGGCACCGAGAUUCACGAGGGAAUCUAUAACAUGCUCAUGCUGCUGGUGGAGCUGGUUGCAGAGAGGGUGAAGCAGGACCCCGUACCCGUAAACCUGAUGGGAGUCCUGACUAUGGCCUUCAACCCUGAUAACGAGUACCAUUUUAAGAACCGGAUGAAGGCCUGUCAGAGGAACUGGGCUGAAGUUUUUGGGGAUGAGGCCAACAUGUUUGCCGUCUCUCCUAGCAACACCUAUCAGAAAGAGCCUCAUGGUUGGCUGGUUGAUUUGGUGAAUCGAUUUGGAGAGUUGGGAGGAUUCACUGCCAUCCAGACGAAGCUCAACACAGACGAAAUUGAGAUUGCUUGUGUCUCAGCUCUUGUCCAGCCUCUUGGAGUUGGUGCAGAAUACCUUAACUCCAGCCUUGUCCAGCCCAUGCUCGAUCCAGUCAUCCAUAAGAUGAUCACAUAUGUGCAGAACCUGGAGGAAAAGGACCUUAAAGACAAGCGUCUUGUGAGCAUCCCAGACCUGCUGUCGGCCAUCAAGCUGCUGUGUAUGAGGUUCCAGAGGGAUUUGGUUACUGUGGUGGAUGACCUGCGGCUGGACACACUGCUGCGCAUGCUCAAAACCCCCCACUUCUCUACCAAGAUGAACUCCCUCAAAGAGGUGACAAAGUUAAUAGAGGAGAGUACCGUGUCUAAGACAGUGAAAAAUGCCAUUGACACAGAUAAACUUUUGGACUGGCUGGUAGAGAACUCAGUCCUAUCAAUAGCACUGGAGGGUAACAUUGAUCAGGCUCAGUACUGUGAGAGAAUUAAGGGAAUCAUUGAGCUGCUGGGGAGUAAACUGUCGCUGGAUGAACUCUCCAAGAUCUGGAAAAUACAGGCAGGCCAGUCAUCAACUGUGAUAGAAAACAUUCAUACAAUCAUUGCUGCUGCUGCUGUGAAGUUCAGCUUUGAUCAGCUCACCCACCUCUUCGUCCUCAUCCAGAAGAGCUGGGAGAUUGAGAGUGACCGCGUGAGGCAGAAGCUGCUCAGUCUGAUCGGGAGGAUUGGCAGAGAAGCUCGCUCUGAAACUACAACUGGAAAGGUGCUGGAGGUGCUGUGGGAGCUGGCUCACCUCCCCACCCUGCCUACCAGUCUAGUUCAGCAGGCGUUGGAGGAGCACUUGGGGAUUCUGAGCGACGCCUACGCUGUCAAGGAGACCGUGAAACGCAGUUAUAUCAUUAAAUGUAUUGAGGACAUUAAGAAGAGUCACACUCAGGAGGACAGUAAAGGCAGCGACACUCAAAGCUCAUUUCGUACUGGCACUUGGGGCAAGAAGAAAGCUAACUCUUUGGUCAAAGCUUCUCAGCAGAGCAGUCCUCAGGCAGUCUGGGUUGUUCCUGCUCUCCGUCAGCUGCACGAGAUUACCCGUUCUUUCAUCAAGCAGACCUAUCAGAAACAAGACAAGAGCAUCAUCCAAGACUUGAAGAAGAACUUUGAGAUCGUCAAACUGAUCACGGGAUCCCUUGUGUGCUGCCACCGGCUGGCUGUUACAGCGGGGGGAAAUAACGGCCUGUCAAGCUCAACUCUGGUGGAUGGACGAUACACCUACCAGGAGUAUCUGGAUAGCCACCUGCGCUUCCUGGCCUUCUUCCUCCAGGAGGCAAGCCUAUACCUGGUCUGGAACAGGGCCAAGGAGCUCUGGGAGUGCUUGGUGUCAGGGCCAGAUGUCUGUGAGCUGGACCGUGAGAUGUGUUUUGAGUGGUUUACCAAAGGACAACAUGACCUCGAGAGUGAUGUUCAGCAGCAGCUCUUCAAGGAGAAGAUCCUUAAACUGGAGCCCUAUGAGAUCACCAUGAAUGGCUUCAAUCUGUUUAAGACCUUCUUUGAGAACGUUAAUCUGUGUGACCAUCGCCUCAAACGCCAGGGAACUCAGCUGUGUGUGGAACGACUUGACCUGGCAGGGAUGGAUUUUAUCUGGCGCAUCGCCAUGGAAACCCCUGAUGAAGAGAUAGCCAAUGAAGCAAUCCAGCUCAUUAUUACGUAUAGCUAUACCAACCUCAAUCCCAAAAUGAAGAAGGAUUCUGUGUCUUUGCACAAGAAGUUCAUUGCUGAUUGUUACAAGCGACUAGAGGCAGCCAGCUCGGCCCUGGGUGGGCCUACUUUGACACAUGCUGUUACUAGGGCAACCAAGAUGCUGACGGCCACUGCCAUGCCGACUGUGGCCACAUCUGUACAAUCACCAUCCAGGUACAGAGGGGGGUUUGGAUCCACUAAGCUGGUGAUAAUCGAAAGACUGCUGCUACUGGCUGAACGCUACGUCAUCACUAUAGAGGAUAUGUAUUCAGUUCCUCGCACUAUUCUACCUCACGGGGCCUCGUACAAUGGACAUCCUGUCACUCUUCACAUCACAUAUGAGUCAACCAAAGACACUUUCACGUUAGAGACCCACAGUAAUGAGACAGUAGGAAGUAUCCGGUGGAAGAUAGCAGAGCACUUGAGCUGUCCGGUGGAUAAUGUCCAGAUCUUUGCCAAUGACAGUGUGUUGACCAUGAACCGGGACCAGAAGCUGCUGUCCCAGCUCGGCUUCAGUGACGAGCAAAGCCUGACUGUGAAGAGCUCAGGCACUGGCACUCCCUCCGGCAGCUCUGAGUCCUCGGCCUCCGCCUCCAGCAGUUCCAGCUCUGCUGUCUUCAACUCUGCCUAUGCCUUGGAGCAGGAGAAGUCCCUGCCCGGUGUGGUGAUGGCUUUGGUGUGUAAUGUUUUUGAGAUGCUUUACCAGCUGGCUAACCUAGAUGAAUCCAGGAUAACCAUUCGUGUGAGGAAGCUGUUGCUGCUGAUUCCAACAGAUCCAGAAGUGCAGGAUGCUCUCGACAACUUUGUUCCCAAAGAAUCCAGCGUCUGGAGCCACCAGAAGACAUUGUUCCAGGGUACAGGCUCUCGUUCUCCAUCUAUAGCCUCCAAGCAGCAGCACCAGCCCAGUGCCGCAUCCAUCUUGGAGUCCCUCUUCAGAUCCUCAGCCCCGGGAAUGUCCACCUUCAGAGUGCUAUACAACCUGGAGGUGUUGAGUUCAAAGCUUAUGCCCACAUCGGAUGAUGAGAUGGCCAAAACCAGCAGCAAGUCCUUCUGUGAGAACUUCCUUAAAGCAGGAGGACUCAGUCUGGUGGUGAAUGUUAUGCAGAGAGAUUCCAUCCCGUCAGAGGUGGACUAUGAGACCCGACAAGGAGUCUACUCAAUCUGUCUUCAGCUGGCCAGGUUUCUUCUGGUUGGCCAGAGCAUGCCUGCGGUGCUGGAUGAUGAUGUGAUCAGGGAUGGCGAGGCGCUGUCCUCUCGUCCAUUUCGUAACGCUGGACGGACUGGGCGACAGCUGUCUCUUUGUGGAACUCCAGAGAAGUCCUCCUACAGACAGAUGUCUUUGUCCGAGCGUUCCUCCAUAAGAGUCGAGGAGAUCAUUCCUGCUGCUCGUGUAGCGAUUCAGACCAUGGAGGUGGGCGACUUCACCUCCACUGUGGCCUGUUUCAUGCGCCUAACCUGGGCAGCUGCAGCAGGCCGAUUGGAUCUGGUUGGCAGCCCGCAGCCAAUCAGAGAGACCCACAGCUCCCUUCUGCCACAGGGAGUCCGCACCAGAGUCAGCAGUACAGGAAGUAACUGCAGCUCCAGCAGUGAGGGCGAGACCACGCCAACUGCAUUGCAUGCAGGGAUAUGUGUCCGGCAGCAGAGUGUCUCUAUCAAAGAUGCCAUCAUUGCCCGCGAGGCUCUGUCACUGCUGGUUACCUGUCUGCAGUUACGUUGCCAGCAGCUAUGUUCUUUUUACAACCUCCCCUCUGUCAAUGAUUUCAUCAUCGAUAUUCUGCUGGGAUCUCCUAGUGGAGAGAUCCGCCGUGUUGCUUGUGACCAGCUCUACACCCUGAGCCAGUCUGACACUUCAGCCUUCGCAGAAGUCCAGAAACCCAACUUGUUCCUCCUCUCGGUCAUUCUCACCGCUCAGCUGCCAUUAUGGAGUCCCACAUCUGUCAUGAGAGGGGUCAACCAGAGGUUGUUGUCCCAGUGCACUGAGUACUUUGACCUAAGAUGUCAGCUUCUGGAUGACCUCACCACUUCAGAGAUGGAGGUGGUAAAAGUGAGUGCAGCCACAAUGCUGGAGGACGAGAUCUCUUGGCUUGACAACUUUGAGCCUAGUUGGAGCUCUGAGAUGGAGACCAGUGAGGCGGACAACAUCCUCCUGGCAGGACACCUCCGCCUCAUCAAGACCUUGCUCUCACUCUGUGGCAAUGAGAAGGAACAUCUCGGUGAGCGCAAACAAGGUCCGUCUCUGAUCCAGCAGUUGCUGGAUGACUUCCUGUUUCGAGCCUCGCGCAUCAUCAUUAACAGUUCGAACCCCACUCCCUCCCCCGCCCCCAGCCAUGACUUCCACCCUAAGUGCAGCACAGCCAGCAGCCGGCUGGCAGCCUAUGAGGUGUUGGUGAUGCUGGCAGACAGCUCUCUCUCGAACCUCCGACUAAUCACCAGGGAGCUCAUGUCUAUGCACCACCAGUCUGAUCCUUCCCUCUGCAAGGAGUUUGAUUAUCUACCCCCUGUAGAGAGCCGGUCCGUCUCAGGUUUUGUUGGGUUGAAGAACGGUGGAGCCACAUGUUACAUGAAUGCUGUGUUUCAGCAGCUCUACAUGCAGCCUGGUCUACCAGAGGCUUUCCUGUCCAUUGAAGAUGACACCGAUCAGCCAGAAGAGAGCGUUUUCUACCAGGUCCAGUCUUUGUUUGGCCACCUGAUGGAGAGCAAACUGCAGUACUACGUACCUGAGAACUUCUGGAAGAUCUUCAAGAUGUGGAACAAGGAGUUGUAUGUACGAGAACAGCAGGAUGCUUAUGAGUUCUUCACUAGCCUGGUGGACCAGCUUGACGAACAUCUCAAGAAAAUGGGUCGAGAGCAGAUCUUCAAAAACACAUUUCAGGGAAUCUUCUCCGACCAGAAGAUUUGUAAAGACUGUCCUCACCGGUACGAGCGUGAAGAAACGUUCAUGGCUUUGAACCUUGGAGUGACGUCUUGUCAAAGUUUGGAGAUCUCAUUGGACCAAUUUGUCAGAGGAGAGGUGCUGGAGGGCAGUAACGCCUACUACUGUGAGAAAUGCAAGGAGAAGAGAACCACAGUGAAGAGGACGUGUAUCAAAUCCCUGCCCAGCGUUCUCUGCAUUCACCUCAUGCGCUUCGGCUUUGACUGGGAAAGCGGGCGCUCCAUCAAAUAUGACGAACAGAUCAGGUUCCCCUGGGUGCUGAACAUGGAGCCCUACACCGUAUCUGGAAUGGCUCGUCAAGACUGCAGCGGAGAGGGCGGAGAGGGGCGAGGCGAUGGGACCUCAGGAGGGUCACCAAGGAAGAAAGUCACGAUUUCAGAGAACUACGAACUCGUGGGAGUUGUUGUCCACAGCGGUCAGGCACAUGCCGGACACUAUUACUCCUUCAUUAAAGACAGACGUGGUGGCGCCCGUGGACGUUGGUACAAGUUCAAUGACAACGUGGUGGAGGAGUUUGAUAUGAAUGAUGAAACUCUGGAGUAUGAGUGCUUUGGUGGAGAGUACCGUCCGAAAGUUUACGACCAAUCCAACCCAUACCCUGAUGUGAGGAGGAGGUACUGGAACGCCUACAUGUUGUUCUAUCAGAAGAUCAGUGACCAGAACUCACCCGUCCUGCCCAAGAAAAGCAGAGUCAGCAUCAUGAGGCAGGAGGCUGAGGACCUUACACUGUCUGCCCCGUCCUCUCCCGAUGUUUCUCCGCAGUCCUCUCCUCGCCCCCCCAGGGCCAACAACGACCGCCUCACCCUCCUCACCCGCUUGGUUCGCAAGGGAGAGAAAAAGGGCCUGUUUGUAGAGAAGAUGCCUGCCAGCAUCUAUCAGAUGGUGAGAGAUGAGAAUCUCAAGUUCAUGAGGAACAGAGACGUCUACAACAGCGACUACUUCAACUUCACCCUCUCCCUGGCCUCCGUCAACGCAACAAAGCUGAAGCAUCCAGACUACCAGCCUAUGGCCAAAGAAAGUCUUCAGCUGGCUGUUCACUUUCUCUUUCACACCUACCUACACACCAAAAAGAAACUCCGGGUGGACACAGAGGAGUGGAUGGCGACAGUGGAGGUGUUGCUGUCUAAGAGCUGUGAAGCGUGCCAGUGGAUGGUGCAGUACCUGGUUGAACCAGAGGGACGAGAGAUUACCAGGGUUUGUCUGUUGGAGUGCAGUGUAAGGGAGGUGAGGGUGGUGGUUGCAGCCAUCCUUGAAAAGACUCUGGAGAGCGCGCUUCACUUUAGAGACCCGGGAUUGGACAGCCUGACCGACGCCCUGCUUUCCUUGUUGGACAAAGAUGUUCCUGAGAAUGUGAAAAACUGUGCGCAAUACUUCGGUCUCUUCAGUAACUUCGCUCAGAGGGGUUGCGGUCCUUGCCAGUUAUUGUUGAAACACUCGGCUUAUCGCCGGAUGCUCAUCUUUCUGUUGGGACCCAAUAGGCAAAACAACCAGAACCGGAGGUGGAGUCCAGCUCAGGCUCGGGAGUUCCUUCACCUCCACAGCACUCUGGCCCUCAUCACUCUGCACUCUGAGCUCGGCCCCCAGCGGACGCAGGCUCCAGAAGGGUUUAAACUGCGCGUGGCUAACGCCCCGUCCUCCACCCUGCUCCUUCCCCUCCAUGCGGACAUCCUGGCCUCACUCUUCACUCCAGAGGGACAGCCUUACCUUCUGGAGGUGAUGUUCGCCAUGCGCGAGUUGUCAGGUCCCCUGUCUCUCCUCAUAGAGAUGGUGACCUACAGUUCGUACUGUAACGAGCCCUUCUCCCUGGGUGUGCUGCAGCUGCUCAAGACCCAGCUGGAGACGGCUCCACCUCAUGAACUGAAGAACAUUUUUCAGAUGCUGCAGG